AUGGCUGUUAAUCUAAAGAAUCGGUCAAUAUUGUCGGAGUUAAAGCUCAAAGAUGGCGGAAUCUUCCACAGGACCGCCGCCGGCGUAUGCUCUGUCAUUCACGGACGACAAGGAGCGCCGACGCCUCGAGGAAGACGAGAACCCUUUCGAAGGGAAGUUCUCUUUCUUAACGGUAGCUCUUUGCCCUUGUCUCGUAUGUUUUAUGCUUGUGAUGAUUAUAGUCUCGAUCGUGCUCACUGUGAAGUUCCAUUUAUUUUGCCACACACCUCUUGGAUCUCUUCUGUACAAGAAGAAGUGCUAGUAACUUCAAAACUUAGGUAUAUUCCUGUAAAUUCGCAUUCACAAUCGACGAGGUGUGUGAAUUUUAGGGGAAAUCAUCUGCAUUCCUUUAAAUCACUUCCUUCAAUGGAUCUAUUAGAGAAAAAACGGCACAACCAAAUUAGGGGUUUUUGCGGAGUUGUAAAUUCCGAUGACGAAUCAGAAUCGGAAGAUACAGAAGGUGUGAAAUCUUUAGCAGAUGAAGAGGAAGUGAAAAGGAUCUGUAACGUGAUUGAAGAGUUAUUUGCCCUAGAUCGAAACAUGGAAGCUGUAUUAGACGAUUGCAAGAUUAACUUAACUCAUGAUCUGGUUAUCGAUGUGUUAGAAAGGUUUAAACAUGCUAGAAAACCAGCUUUCAGAUUCUUUUCAUGGGCAGGACAACAACCAGGGUAUCACCAUGAUUCAAGAACAUACAAUACUAUGAUGAACAUUCUUGGAAAGACUAAACAAUUCGAAACCAUGAUCUCUAUACUCAAUGAAAUGGGUGAGAAACAAUUACUCACAUUAGAAACAUUCAACAUCUGUAUCAAAGCAUUUGCAGCAGGUCAACAAAGAAGAAAAGCAGUAGGAAUGUUUGAUUUGAUGAAGAAACACAAUUUCAAAGUUGGAGUAGAUAGCAUCAACUGUUUACUCGAUAAUCUUGGAAGAUCAAAGCUUGGAAAAGAAGCUCAGGUUUUGUUCCACAACCUAAAAGGUAAGUUCACUCCAAACAUACAAACAUACACAGUCUUGCUAAACGGUUGGUGUAAACUCGGGAACCUUCUAGAAGCAGGAAAGAUAUGGAAUGAGAUGACAGAUGAGGGUUUCACACCCGACAUUGUUGCACAUAACAUCAUGCUUGAAGGACUCUUGAAAUCCCACAAAAGAUCUGAAGCUAUUAAGCUCUUUGAGAUCAUGAAAUCAAAAGGUCCAUGUAACACUAGAAGUUAUACAAUCAUGAUUAGGGAUUUAUGCAAACAGAAGAACAUGAAAGAAGCUAUUGAAUCUUAUGAGAAAAUGUUGAAUCACAAUUAUAAACCAGAUGCUGCUGUUUACACAUGUUUGAUUACAGGAUUUGGAAAUGUGAAACAAAUGGACAAAGUUUAUGGACUUUUAAAGGAAAUGAAAGAGAAAGAUUGUCCUCCUGAUGGAAGACUUUACAAUGCUUUGAUUAAGUUAAUGACAAAUAGGCGAAUGCCAGAUGAUGCAGUGAGGAUUUAUAAAAAGAUGAUUCAGAGUGGGAUUAAGCCAAGUAUACAUACGUAUAACAUGAUGAUUAAGUCGUUUUUUAUGAUGGAAAAUUAUGAAAUGGGAGUUGCAGUGUGGGAGGAGAUGAGUGAGAAGGGUGUUUGUAAAGAUGAUAAUUCGUAUACUGUGUUUAUUGGAGGACUUAUUAGGAUUGGAAGAUCAAUGGAGGCUUGUAAGUAUCUUGAAGAAAUGAUGGAGAAAGGUAUGAAGGUGCCUAGAAUUGAUUAUGGAAAGUUUGUUGGAGAUUGUUGUAGGGGUGGGAAAGGGAAUGUUCUUGAGGAAUUGGGUGAAAAGAUGAAAUUGGAAGGAAAGAUUGAGGUUUCGGAUGUGUUUUUUAGGUAUGUUGAGUUGAUGAAGAAAACGGAUAAAAGGUUAAACAUUGUUAGAGACUAA